ACCCUCCUCCCUCCUCUUUCUUCUCUUCGUCUUCUUCGUCUGACCCUUUUCGGUUUCUUUUCAGACGUUGAACGUCUUUCUUUCUGUUCAACUUCAGUUUCUUGGCCACUGCACAGUCAGUGCGUUGCCCGGUGCUACAGCCCCCUCUGUCGCGUCCAUUCUCUCUGGGAGAGCUAGUACAGUUCGCCGCAUUUCACCCUUUGACCUGAGUUGACUCGGUUCCGUCGCUUGCGAUCACACACAUCCACAACACUUUACCCGUAACCCCCAAAGCAACGCGUCAAAAUGGCGUACACCAGGAAGAUCAUGGCCUUCUUCGGCUUCAUGGACUUUUUGCUCCUGGGGAUCGCUAUCGUCUCCAUCGUCUUCUCCAUCGUCUGGCGGGAACCCGACACACUGCGAAACCUCGAGUUGAGCACCCAACAUCUCAACGAGGGUCUGAUUAUGGGUGUGAUACUCCUGGUAUCCUGGGUCGUCUCCGUCGGCGCCCUGCUUUCGCCAAACAACUCGAUCAAAGGCUUCGUACUCUUCAACUGGACUCUUGCGCUCGACGCAAUCGUAGUGCUCAUCGUCGGCACGACGCUCUGGUUCUACACGCUCAUGGUCCGCGACAACUACCUGGCGGUCUGGGAAGUGCAGUCGACCGAAACGCGCGUCGCGAUCCAGGAUUUGUUCUCGUGCUGCGGUUACUUUGAACCCAACGACACGACUGUCGCACUCGGCGGGUUCUGUGCGAACGAGACGUUCGUUACCAGUCUUUUCAAUGCAAGCGACACGACGCAGAACGCCUGCGUGACGUCGAUCACUGGACAUGCUGAGCCAAUGCUGAACCAGAUCUUCACGUACGUCUACGGCUUCAUGGCAGUCGUCGGCGGUCUAUUCCUGGCGUCACUCUGCGUCAUCAAGACGAGACAAGAGAAGGAGCGCUUCAGGAGGAUCGACGUGAAACGCGGUGGCGUCGGCUUCGUCUAAAUCCGCGCGCGAAUCUGGACGCUUGUUUCCAUUGCCUCUCCCUCACGACGAAGCCACCUUACUACCACUAUUUACGUCGCUACCGACGAUGUUCUUGUAACCACUUCCGUGUCUCGCUCUAGACGUCAGACUGCUGGGUUCGUUUCCGUGCAUCGUGUGUUAUCACUACUGGGCAUCAGUACUACUUACGUCGAGCAGCUCGUGUACUCUCUUUUUUUCCUUCGUUUUCAUACCACUUACUUACGGCCGCAUUCAAUGGCAUAGCAUUCGGGUCAGACGAGAACCCACGAGGACAAACAA